CGGCCUUAUUCGUGAAAUACACUGAAAUCUCUCCUUCUUCAUCUUCUCUCUUCAUUUCGGAUCGUAAAACUCAAAAUCUCCAUUCAAUUCAUCUCCGAGGAAUCACAAACAGAUUCGAAACAGGAAAGAACAACAAAAUACAGAUUGAGGAAAAGCUGAGAUGCCAGGACAGAAGGUCGAAACAGGUCAUAAUGAUACAGUUCAUGAUGUAUCCAUGGAUUACUAUGGAAAGCGGUUGGCAACAGCUUCUUCAGACGCCACCAUAAAAAUAAUAGGCGUAAGCAACAAUUCAACCUCUCAAAAUCUCGCCACUUUAACUGGCCAUCAAGGUCCAGUUUGGCAAGUUGCAUGGGCUCACCCCAAGUUCGGUUCAAUCCUGGCUUCAUGUUCCUACGACGGGAGAGUAAUUAUUUGGAAAGAAAGUAACCCAAACGAGUGGAUACAGGCACAUGUAUUCACAGACCAUAAAUCAUCGGUCAACUCUAUCGCCUGGGCACCUCAUGAAGUGGGCCUAUGUUUAGCUUGUGGAUCUUCAGACGGCAACAUCUCAGUCUUCACUGCUAGAUCUGAUGGAACUUGGGACACAACCAAGAUAGAACAAGCUCAUCCUGUCGGUGUCACUUCAGUUUCAUGGGCACCUUCAACUGCUCCCGGUUCUCUUGUAGGGUCUGGGAUUCUGGAUCCUGUUCAGAAACUGGCUUCAGGCGGGUGUGAUAAUACAGUUAAAGUUUGGAAGUUAUCGAAUGGGUCAUGGAGGAUGGACUGUUUUCCUGCUUUGCAGAAACAUACAGAUUGGGUUAGAGAUGUAGCUUGGGCUCCCAACUUGGGACUUCCUAAAACCACCAUUGCUAGUGCCUCACAAGAUGGGACUGUGGUUAUAUGGACCGUGGCUAAGGAAGGGGAUCAAUGGGAGGGUAAAGUUUUGAAGGAUUUUAAGACACCGGUUUGGAGGGUUUCGUGGUCUUUGACUGGGAACUUGCUGGCUGUGGCUGCUGGGGACAAUAAUGUUACGCUCUGGAAAGAAGAAGUUGAUGGAGAAUGGCAGCAGGUGACUACUGUCGAUCAAUAAGGUUCGUGGUCGAUUCUUUCUACAGAUAAUCGCGGUUCAGAUCAUGGUUUGGAUUUGGUUUUUUAACUAGUUCAAUAAGUUUGGAAGAGGAUUGUGAAAACCUUUUUUGCAAUUGGGACAAGAAAUAAUUUCUAAAAAUCUAAAGCUGGUUUCUAAACAAUUAAAUCAUUUUGAUACAAAAAACUUGCCCUUAUGGCUUGACAUGAAUGUUUAUUCUGAAUAUGUUUUUUCAGGGAAAUGGGAGCCCUAGGAUGAUGAAUUCAAGAGAUGAAAUUAUUUGAAAUGUGAUGAACUUGUUGAUGUGAUA